GGAGCCCAAGUGGGAGGAGGGGGCGGAGCCGAGCGCUCUGAAAAGUGGGGCCCUACAGAGUUUUCCCUGGGUUUUCUGCCAGCAUGGGACGUAGAUCUUGCUCUUCCUGACGCGGUGAGAGUGGGGGAGAUGAGCGUGUUUCGCGGGAGCAUCUCCGAGUACCCCGGGGUCAUCGUGGACCACUUCGUCCCGGCCAACUGCGAGAGAGGCCGCUUCUUCUUCCUCUCACACUGCCACAGAGAUCACAUGACAGGCCUAGGCUCACCAAACAUUGUGGCUGCUCUCCAGAAAUGGAAGACAAAUCUGCUGUGUUCAGAGGUGACGCAGUCCCUGCUGCUGAAGGACCCGGAGUUCACUGGACUGGCCCCAUAUCUCAGAGCCCUGCCCAUGGAAGAACCUAUUGUCAUGAGUCUUGAGGCCUCCGGUGCUCACGAGAAGCUGAGUUUCACAGUCACCCUGCUCCCUGCUGGACACUGCCCUGGCUCCUCCAUGUUCUUCUUCCAGGGAAACCAUGGGAAUGUUCUGUACACAGGAGAUUUCAGAUUGACACUUGAAGAAACUAAGCGUUUGCGUCCCUUGCACUGUGGAGGAAGUUUACUGGAGAUCUCAACACUAUAUGUGGACACCACCUUCUGCCAUCCCAUUGCCACUGAAAUACCAUCACGGGAUACUUCCAGAGAUAUUAUCCUGAAGCUCGUAGAGAGAUGGCUGGCCAAGGACCCCACCAAUGUGGUUCAUCUGCAGUGUGCCUUUUUUGGCUACGAACACAUCUUCAUGGGCAUCCACAAGAAGUUCAAGACUAAAAUUCACAUCGCCCCGUGGAAGAUGAACGCCUACAGAGAGAUUUCCGCUGUGACUGAUUGUCUGACUACGAACGGAGACUCCACUAAUAUCCACACCUGUACCUACAAGAAGGGGCAAAAUGAGAAGAAAGAGAAGUCAGGACUGCCGUGUGGCUCGUGCCAAAGAAACGGAGCUCCUCCGAAUGUGCUGAGAAUCAAACCAUCCACACAAUGGUUCCUCUUCAAUAAGAAAUCAACCACCCAUCCUUGUGUGUUUCUGCAGCAGUCAAACAAGUUCAGAGUCAUUCAUUCCAUGCACGCCAGCUUUAGGGAGCUGAGAGAUUUCAUCACCUACGUCAGGCCUCGUAGAAUUGUUCCCUGCGUCAUUCCCUUUGGAGAUGCCUCUCUCUCCGACGUCUGUGCAAGGCUCAAGGGACUUCUGCCUCAGACCGAAGUUGGUAGCGGCUGUGUCGAGUCAGAAGAGCAGCGAAAGAGAUUGAAGAGAAGUCACUCCCAGAAAAGCCGGAUGAAGAUGCUGCUGUGGCUGCUGAGAGCAGCGAGGAUAGCUGGUCGACGGGUGACGAGUCCAUCGACGAGUUCACAAGCACAGGGGAGCCCUCGUCGUCAGUGGAAGCAGAGAAGACAGUUUUCACACACACUCAGAGCCACAGCACUCGUGUCUCUCUACCGUCACUGCUAGGAAUCGAGGACACGACUUCAUCUCCACCUCCCAGUGCAGACAGCAGUGUAACACUGGGGGACGUUAGUCCAGUCACCCAUAGAUCUCUCCCUCUCACCUAGCCUCGAGUCGGUCGUCUCCUCACUGUCCUCCGUGAAAGGUGCCACUAUUAGAGAUGCCGUCUCUAGUAGCCAAUCAACCAUCUUACCGUCACACGCUUUUACAAACUAACUUGCCGGAAAUAGGGGACAAGAAAUCUAAUUCUCACAAUGUGGGAAACGAGUUUGGUUGUGAUGGGGAAGGGAAUAGCUCACUGUGUGAAGUUGGCACGCCUCAUUCAAAGAGGGUGCGGCUGUCUGAAGAGAGGUCCCCCGUGUCCCGCCAGCUGUUUACUGGCACAGCAGCAGACUGUGAGCAAGUGGCAAAGGAAGAAAAAGAUGACAAAGACAAAGGAGGUGAAGAAGAUGAGGAAGAAGAAACGUGAAGAAGAAGAGAGCAUAGAAGGGGAAGAGAAAUCGCCUCCAAACAGCCCUCUGCUCAUUGAUCUAACAGAAGAUGAAGAAGAUAUUACGCUGGUUCUCUCUGAACCCCCUGAACUAAUAGACCUGACCGACGACCGCCUCACACCUCCACCUCCUCAAGAACCUCUCAGUAAGAGAGAGACACACUCACUUCCUACCUCCACUGGUAAGGGCGGCCACCACGCGCCAAACGUGGUUCACGGCGUUCGUCUCUCCUCGCCGGUUGUUUUAGAACUGAGUGACUCUCAGACCAGCGGGAACACGUCGUCGGGGUGUAGUGUCCGCAGCAAGAGGUCCGUGUCUGUUGAAUCCACUCACAGAGCUCUAGGUUCCCCCAACUGUCUUCCCCCAACCCCAGGCAGGGAAAAUGUACACGCCAUCCUCCAGAGACCUGACUUUCCUUGAGAUGGAGAGAAGAGUAUCAUUUUUUGUUUUAACCACUGUAUUAUACACCGUUUUACUUACAUUUUAAAGGGUUGUGUAAAUUUGUAUAUAAGAAGAUUUUUAAUACCUUUCUGUACAGAUUUUGUGUCAUACAUUGAAUUAAGGAUACAGGUUACAGUGGAUCCCUGUGGUGAUAAGCUACUUUGUUAUAAUAGAUCAUCAAAGUCAU